CAGCCAUGUCUGGAGCUCAGGGGGGAUGAACUUUAAAUAGAGAAAGCAUGAUGGUCCACACUCUUCUCCACCAUUUGCUCAUCAACUUGCCUCCUCAUGUUCCCAUUCAAAUCAUUCAUGUGAUUAAUACUCUUCUCUCGCACACAUACACACGUAUAUAAAUCUAAAACUGACCAGUCGCCAAGUUAACGUAGUGUGGAAGAAGAUUCUUCUUCUCACAACCAGAUGAGCUCGAGUUGACCCACAGCAACAUCGCCCAUGCCUUGAGAUGUCCAGUAUAUAUCGCACCAGUCCAGAAUAUGAUUAAAUAAAUCCACUGAACAACAAGUUGCCAAUGGCUAUAUGUAGAUUACUCCGCAUCAGGCUCGUCUGUUAAUUCCAAGUCUUUCUUGGCCUUUUGAUCUCUUCCUUGCUGGUUGGAGCUCAUGGAAGUGGCGGGUAGCGGCGGGAGCGACGUGAUUGAUCCGGAGACUGGCAUGGAGGUGCAUUCCGCGCGCGGGAAGCUGCCGUCGUCGCGGUACAAGGGCGUGGUGCCGCAGCCCAACGGGCGGUGGGGUGCGCAGAUCUAUGAGAAGCACCAGCGCGUGUGGCUCGGCACCUUCAACUACGAGGAUGAGGCGGCGCGCGCCUACGACGCGGCCGCGCAGCGCUUCCGCGGCCGGGAUGCCAUGACCAACUUCCGGCCUCUCAGCGACGCCGACGACGACGACGCGGCGGAGCUGUGCUUCCUCUGUUCCCACUCCAAGGCCGAGGUCGUCGACAUGCUGCGGAAGCACACCUACCUCGACGAGCUGCGGCUGAGCAAGCGCUCGAUGAGCUGCCGUGGCAAGAAGGAGGCGCUCUCUCUCGGCGCGGUGUCGGCGGCGGCGGCGGCAGGGGCGGGGGCUGAGCGGCGGCAGCGGCUCUUCGACAAGGUGGUGACGCCGAGCGACGUGGGGAAGCUGAACCGGUUGGUGAUACCGAAGCAGCACGCGGAGAAGUACCUGCCUCUGCCGAAGGCCGGCGGAGGCGACGACGGGAAGGGCCUUCUCUUGAGCUUCGAGGACGCCGGCGGCAAGGUGUGGCGCUUCCGGUAUUCGUACUGGAACAGCAGCCAGAGCUACGUGCUGACCAAAGGCUGGAGCCGGUUCGUAAAGGAGAAGGGCCUCGAGGCCGGCGACGUCGUCUCCUUCGAGCAGUCCACCGGCCCCGACAAGCAACUAUUCAUCGACGCCGUCUCAACCGCAAACCGCCGCUGUAGCGCCGCCGUUGCGGCCGUCCAAGUCGUGAGGCUUUUCGGCGUCGAUAUUGCAAGGAAUAUUCCGGCGCCGCCGCCCAUCGGAACAGGAAAAAGGAACAAUGAGCAUACGGAGUUAAUUUCCUCGCCGGUAAUCAAUAAGAGACAAUGCGUAGAAGCCUCGUAGCAAUAUUUUGCUUAAUUAACCUAUAAAUUUCUCUCCUUUCUCAAAUGUUUCAUUUCAAGAUCUUGUGCAUAACAAAACAGAAAUGGAAAUUUCCAAUCUUGAAGAAUGAAACCACAGCAUCAGAAUUUUUGUC